AGGCGAGCGAGCGAGCGAUUGCGAGUGCGAGAGAGAAAGAGAGAGAUUGCGAAGACGGGAGGUUUGUUUGUGAUCUGGAAACACGGGAAUGGGGUAGGUAGGGAAAUUCUGCUUAUUGUGGGUUUGAUAGGAAAUGGCGUUUGUUGGGUAGCGGAGUUGGGGGCGCUGGAGCGAUGCGACGUGCAUAAUUGGGGUCUGAGUUUGGAUAGAUUGUUUGGGUUGUUUUUAAUGUGGUCCUGGAUCGAGUAGGAGGGUGUGGGGUUGCUGAUUGACUGGGAUUAGCACGAGUUGCUGUCGUUGCAGGGGUUGUGUCUGCCGCCAGGAGAGGACGUUGCGUUUGUGUGUGUCUGGAGGGGAUCGUAGAUGCCGGUUGGCGUGGUGCUUGAUUUAAGAGGAAUGUGGGAUGAGUUGAAGUGGGAUUGUGGUGAGGGGGUUGUUUGGUAGCAUAUUUGGAAUUUCGGGGCUUAGUUAGUGGAGUACUGCGGGUUUAGAAGUUUAUUUUUUAUUGAGGGAGUUCUUAUAAGGAUAAUUGAGUUUGUUGGUGUGAAGGUCAAUUAGUGCACCAUUGCUAGUGGCAUUGCUAAUUAUUACACUGUUUGGAAACUCUGCCAUGCUUCGUGUUGGAUAUCGUCUGUAUAGAGUUUUGGCGUAAAUCAGAGUUCUAUUUCUUAGGAGCGUGAGUGAAAUUAGGCACUUUCUAGUGGACGCGCUGAGCCUGUUUUCCUUAAGGGAGGAGUUGAAGUUCUUCGAAUCAAGGAUCUUGAAGCAGACUACCGUGCAUCGUGUUGGGAAACAUCAUGGAAUUGCUUGAAGAGUGCUCUUUUUUGGGAUCCCCCGCCACGCCCAGGCCUGCAACCAACUCUGGAAGAGUAUGAAGAGUUGAAUAGAGCUUUCCUGGAGCUUUCGAGUUGAUUCAUGGUUGCGUUUGCAGUAUCCUGAGUUUAAUCCACCAAGGAGAAUAGGGCUGGUGUUUGGAGAAUAGUAGAAGCAUUACAAAGGCCGUAACAUUUGGUUCAAGUGAAUGGUAGUGAUGGGGUACGCAGAAGAGGGCCUUCACUGCCACAGUCAAUCUGGUGAAGAUAGCGGAGAAGAUGGAAUGUCUGUACUGCCAAGGCAUACGAAAGUGCUGGUUACAGGAAACAAUCGCACCAAAUCUGUUUUGGUUGGUCUUCACGGCGUCGUCACGAAAGCUGUGGGUCUGGGUGGCUGGCAUUGGCUGGUACUCACGAAUGGGGACGAAGUCAAGCUCCAGCGCAAUGCCUUGAGCGUGGUUGAGGGUCCAACUGGUCAUGAAAAAGAUGAUGACAAUGAUGACAAUCCAUUUUCAAGUGAAACAAGCCAAGAAAACAAUUUUCCAACGAAUUCAUUCCGAGUACAACCCCGGAAGCCAACAUCACCAGUGUCGUCCAAUCCUGGAGCGGCAGGAAAUAUCAGGAGGGCAGCUCAAUACUGUGACUCAUAUGAUAGAAAAGAAAAUUUCGUUGACCGCAAAGGUCUGUCAAGCAGAUGCUUACCGUCUGUGAAUCUUAGCAAGCUGGAGACGGCUGUUCUGAAGAGAUAUCGAAGGCAUUUUAAGCUGGUUGAAGUUGGUCCGAACUCAUCAAAAGAACAGCUUGUGGAUGCAGUUUGUAGACAUUUCAUGUCACAGGAGUUGGACGAGGUACAAGUGAUAAUGGGCUUCAUGCAGGCUGCAAAGCGUUUAAGAACGUAGAAAAUGCACCCCGCAAAUGUUUAUUGCAUGGUCUCGCUGAAGUCAACGACCUGAGAAGCCUAGCGAUUGUUGACAAAUAUAUACAGAAAGUAGUGGAUCGGCUUUGGUGGUUGGAUGGGUGGAUUGUAAAGGCAAUUCACAUUCUGCCCGUCAUCUUGUAUACUAGAAAACGUUAGUGUAUAAAGGCUGUCGAUAAUGAGCCAACUAGUAGGCUUAGAUUUAUUUUUGAAGUGGGCCUCGCACAUAUAGUAUGUACAAAUAGCUCAGUAUUGAUUCAGGAUUUGGCUAAUCAUUAACCCUUUAGUUUCAUUUAUGUACCAAUUGUACAUGACUUCUAGGCAAAGGGAGGGCAGUAGUAUUCUUCCUGUUUUGCCAGCCAUCGCCCUAGCUUCCUUGUACAUUGAACUAUUCCUAUGCUCUGGUGAUAUUCUCUCCUGACAUACUAUAGGAUUACCUUGUACACCUCACUCAGUAGCUUACACUGCAUUAGUGCUCUGAAACCUGAGAUUUGUGGCUAUGUUAUCUUGUACAAUUAUUAACUAUAUAACACAAGGAAAUCUUAUGCGACAACA